AUGCGAAGAUUGACAACAUAUUUACAAUUGCGAGAGAGACUGUCGCAAAUUUGGCUGAAUCGCUAUACGCUGAUGCUCGCAUUAGUGAUCGUGAAGCUGGUUAUUUUUGCAAGAUCGCUCCUGAAUGCUAUUGAUAACUCAGAAGAAUUUAUUCUGGCCAAUUGUGAUACAGCAGAUUCUUAUUAUAAAGAAUUUGCCGAUUUGGCGCCCACAUAUUUAUCAAAGUUUGGUAAUUAUCUGAUGGAAAAAUCAAUUGAGGAGAGCGCAGAGGCUGCACUAGCGGUAUUAUCCUCAUUAGUUUCCGCUGGCGAACAGAUCACGAUUUUCGUCUUCGAUUUUUAUCUGGGGACGUAUUUAUGUCUGGCAACUGCGGCAAUUGAUGGGGCAGUCAAUGUCGCAACCAACACAACGGAAAAACUCAUAGAUUUCGCAAAUAGCACCAUUUCUACGCUUGCUAUUGACAUCAACGAUGGUUUGGAUGACGUUUCAAAUGUAAUUAAUAAAGCCAUUACCGCCAUCGACAAAAUUGAAGAUCUUUUUAGCAGUUCCGACUCUUCAGAUGUCAAUUCUAAGCUCAAAACUGUAAAUCUCACUGUCGAAAAGCUUCAGAACCUCUACAUUCCAUCAUCUAUAGAUGCAAAACUGACGGCACUUAGCAAAGAAACCCCAGACUUUUCUUCACUCAUGAAUAGUACGCAUAGUAAGAUUUCGAUACCAUUUGACCUGAUGAAAUCAAAAAUCAAGGCCUUAAAUGUGUCGAAAAUGAUGAAAUCCAACGAAACGUUACCCAGCCUGAACGUAUCUACAAACUCCAGUGGUAUCUGUGCGGCUAGCAAACCCCAGAUCGUUAAAUUCUACGCCACUGUGACACGCUCUGUCGAUACACUCACAGUUGCAAUCACAGUCACUCUGGCCGUGGUAGCAGCGGGCGUGUUACUACCCAUAGCGUGGUUCGAGUACCGGCAAUGGAGAAGGCUCUGUAAGCUUAGGGAUGAAAUAGAGCAUGCAACAAUUGCAGGAUACGCUACUGAAUACUCGAAGAGCGACCGAAAAUUUUACCAACCCGAUGCCAUUGCAAGUUACGAACGGGCAUUUCACCGCGUUCCCACUGCGCUUGGUGACUGGGUGAGUACUCGAUUGACCACCAGCAUACGUACCAAGCGGAGAAUUCAGUGGUGUGUCUCCUACGCAAUGUCCCCACGCGCUCUGACGGUGCUGGGAGUCGCAAUGGCAGGUAUCACAGCAUGCAUCUGCCAAUUCAUCCUGCUGGCCGCCGUCCGCCGGACGAUCGAUGAUGGGACAACUGGCGCGCUCGCGUCUAGUGUGCUCCGUUCCGCCAAUGAGUCCGUGCGCACAGACAUGGCACAGUGGUCUGCAGCGACAAACGUCUAUCUCAACGCAACGGAGCAGAGCAUCAACGAUGAGCUUUUCGGAUGGCUUCAGGACUCUACGCGUUCCGUCAAUACAACCGUCAACGACAUUCUUGAUGACGUGGAUGCAACGCUUGCAGCACUAUUUAAUGGGACCCUUCUCUACGACCCCAUGGCGGCCGUAGUCCGCUGCACAGUGGGAAACAAACUGCUCAAGAUCGAACACGCACUUACGUGGGUCCAUGACAAGGCUCAUAUCACGCUGCCGCGCGUCAAUGACACUGCCCUCGUCGCAGCAAUGCAGUCCAAUGCCUCGUCCUCUGCGUCAUCGUCCACGUCAGCGUUGCUGAGUCACCAACUAGCACAAAAUGCUCAAAAAUCGAUUCUCCGCCUUCUCCGCCAGUGGCACAGCAUUCUUGUGACCGAAACGCUCGUAGCGAUCGGUAUCUUGGCGCUCUGGGUCGUUCAAUGGCCUGUGGCCAUCGCCAUUCUUCAUGCACUUACAUAA